AUGUGUAAGACGGGGAACCAGGUGAACGGGGACGAGUCUCUGCCAGUGUUUGGGUGGGAUGAAGUCAGGAAACACGCGACCAAGACAUCCCAGUGGAUUGUCAUCGAUGGAUAUGUUUAUGAUGUGACUCGCUGGGCCAAGAAACAUCCAGGGGGACCGCGGAUGCUGACCAACCAGGCUGGACAAGAUUCUACGGAUGCAUGGAUAGCCUUUCACAACGAUAAAAAGGCAGUCAGUAAAUACCUCACCGCUCUUCGUGUGGGCAAACUCAGAAAAGAUGAAGACAAAGAGAGUGAACUCAUCAAAGACUUCAGGGACCUGCGUCGAACAGUUGAAGACAUGGGCUUAUUUAAAGCCAGCACUGUUUUCUUCACCUUCAUCAUGCUGCAUAUAUUUGCACUGGAGUUUAUAGGCUGGUUGAUCGUGUACUAUUUCGGCACCGCCUGGCUGACUUUGUUGGUAGCAUCGGUCUUUUUAGUUUCGGCACAGGCACAGGCAGGAUGGGCGCAGCACGAUUAUGGACACCUCUCCGUGUUUAAUUCAACAAAAGUCAAUCACUGGAUUCAUAUAUUCUUGUUGAAUUUCUUUAAGGGUGUAUCUUCCUCAUGGUGGAACCAUCGACACUAUCUCCAUCAUGCCAAGCCGAACAUGUUGCGGAAGGAUCCAGACAUUCGACUGGAGAUGUUUUUUCUUCUCGGAAAUAAUCUUCCUAAAGAA